AUGUUCGGAGUACUCGCGAUCUACGCGAUCAUCAAAUUCGCUCUGCUAAUUGUGUUUUUUCAAGGCUUAAUCGCACUACUGAUGUUAUGUCUUUUCAUGUUCGCUGAGCCGUCUUUAGCUUUCGACUUAGACAAUUUCAUGGAGUGCAUUCAUUUUCAGUAUCGCCUCGACGAGCACUUUCUCGGGAUGUUUGCGUUCAUGAUGCAGUCCUCAAUCAAUCGAAUGUCCACAGCUGUGCGACCACAUGAAGUGGCACACCUUGGUGCCCUGUACGCGCGUUCGGCUCGCUUCUACUCCAAGCAUGAUGGCUCGGAUGAGGUAAGCAUUUUGCUUUUUGGAUGCAGGUUGCGCCUGUUUGCUAGUUUGCUGCUGUUGCUGCUCAUUUCUCCUGAAAUUUCCCUAAUCGGAAGUUCAUUUUAUAUGCAAAUUCGUUUUGCUGGAACAAUUUUUGGCUGA